AUGGACGACAAAGAGCUGGAUUUAAUUUAUAAUCAACAGUUGCAUGAUCAGCUCGCUCAUCAAACGGCUCAAGCGGUUUCGCGACUCGUGGAAAUGUAUCCUGAGGAGUUUGGACUUGAGAAUCUUAUACCAAUACCACAACGACCCAUGCACUGGUCUUUGAUAUGGCGCCAGCAGCUUUCUUAUAAAGUGCUUGCUACGCGCUAUGGAUAUGAACAAAUCAUGGCUUCGGUUAACCCGCGUGCACGAAAAGCGAUUGCUCAAAUCUAUUUGGAAGAGCUUGAUCAAUAUAUGCAGUGGUUUCCAUGGUCAUGGUUUUCCAAUAUGCAAUUUAUUGGUGCCGGUGGAUUUUCGGCCGUUUACGCAGUAAUGAUGACUCCCUCGUACGAUCCACAACCGUUGCGCAUGGCAUUAAAAAUCGUCGAUGAUAAGUUACUGAACGAGAUUUCCGUGCAAUCCAAAGCUUUUCUACCUCUCUUAUUUCAAGGAUUAACAGUAUGCGAGAGUACGGGCGAUCUGAUGAUGGUGAUGAAGCUCAGCAAUGAUGGCAAUUUGGAGGACCAUAUGCAGCAACUUCCGUUAGGCGACUUGGAUUUGAAAACGAUUGUGGGAACUAUUUUGCGCUUGGCAGCCAAUUUAGCCGAUCUUCACAAGGCCGGCAUGUGCCAUCGCAAUGUCCAUCCACGCAACAUUAUCUGUACCGACAGCGAUUACUUCUUGGUAGACUACCGCUUUUCGACCCCCUCACUUGAAUCGAGCAGUGUCACCACAUUGACGAAAGCUGUCUAUGGAAGAUUGCCCUAUGUGGCGCCUGAGGUGCGCCAGGGUGUUUAUACCGAAAAGUCGGAUAUAUACAGUCUUGGUGUCAUUAUCUGGCAGCUUGUCAGCAAAGUGAUUUUCCCAUCGCCCGAUGUGUUGCUGGAUGGAAGUCAUGAUCCCAACAGCCUAGUGUAUAUCAUCGAGCCAGUACCGGGACUGCCCGAGUGGUACCAAAAGCUGUAUAUAGCUUGUCUGGAACCACGGCCAGAAAAUCGACCAGACGCCCUGGAGAUUUGUCAGGCGCUUCAGCCGAUUCACGACAGCCUGGAAUAUUCGGUGCCGCUAAACCCCCUUGUUACAAAAUACAUUGUUGCACGACGAGCUGAUGUGGCAGAUCACUUGCGAACCUAUGCGAAAAUCAAAGGCAUCGUUUCUGCAUCGACCACUCGACUGUAUACCUUGACGAACCUCCCUUCUACCAGCCACUUUAUUUCUCUGCCUUUCACACAAAAACCUUUCUCUGAAAUUUGGGGCACCCUGGAAACGGUCGAAGAAAAUCCGCAUGCUCCUUAUAUCAAGCCCGAACCUUCGGCUUCGGGAUCUAAUAGCUCCACAAUUCCCCCCAAUGCAAGCACCAUCUGA